GAGAUAGGAAUUACUGUUCAGGGUGGGGCACCAGUAUGUAAAUAUGGCUGGUCUGAUGUUGAUGAAGAUGAUAAGAGGUUGCUAAGAGAGGAUUUGCAGACUCGACUAAAGGAGUGGAAAGCAUUUGGCUCACCUGAGCAAGGAAGAGCAAACUUGCCUAAUGCAGAUUUAUGGAAUGAGAGAUCUGUCUCACAUUGGCACUAGCUUUGUGACAACAUAUAUACCAACCAGUCUUGCAUUGAGAUUGCGGAAAAGAAUUCUGCUAACAGGUAUAUGCAAGUAUGCAACAACAUACUCAUAGUGCUGGUGCACGGCCAUACGUUCAACAUGCUUUGGUGGCCUCUAAGGGUGGGAAGGAGUUGUCACUCAUACAGAAUUGGGGAGAGAAACACAAGGAUAAUAAUCAAGAAUGGAUCAAUGAGGCUGCCAAGAACAAAUAUGAGAAGACGGAGGCUGAGAGGAAUGCCCUUAUAGAGAAGUUAUACCAAGAGGCACCUGAGGGUACUGCACAUGAUUCUAUCAAACUGACUUUGGAAGCUGGGUACCCAAUAAUGGCUAAGGAGCUUGGGAGGAAGGGUAGGAUGAUCCAUGACAUUGGUAACAUCCCUCACAUACGUUCUAACAUACGCAGAGUAUCUGCAUGUGGUUGCAACAAUUCUGAGGUAGCUGAAUUGCGUGAUCUUAUCGACCAACUUACCUUUAACAUGCUCAGUAUGAAGGAACAAAAUGGACUACUGAAGGCUCAAGUGGAAUGUUGAUUGAGGCAAUCUCCUGGGCAGAUGAGUGAGGAUCACUUCCCCCAUCCUAGCACCAACUUCUAAGACUUUGCUUGAGUAGUUUGGGUGAGCAUUUGCUAGACUUUUGGUCUGAUGUCCCUUUUUGUGCAGUUAUAGCUUUUUACCUUGAUUAUGGUACUGUCUAGCAAUACUCAAGCAAAUCCAAUGUGUCCCUUUUGAGUAA